AUGGAUGCCGUUAACGAGCUGCAACAUCUAGAAGCCUUUUUGGUUGAUGAGCAUGAGCGUGAUCAGAAGAAAAUAGAGAAUCUCUAUGAAUGUGUGCAAUAUGCCGCUGCAAUCGUUCCGCGAUUAUAUCUCUUAAUAACUAUUGGAGUAGUAUAUAUAAAAUGUGGCGAGGACACUCGUCGUAAUAUCCUCAGCGAUCUCGUCGAAAUGUGUCGUGGAGUGCAACAUCCGUUGAGGGGUUUAUUUCUGAGGAAUUAUUUGCUGCAAAGCACUCGAACCCUUCUUCCAGAUAACCCUGAUCUAACCACUACAGAUGUAAAUGACUUGCCUGAGUCGGAUAAGGAGCCACGCGAAUGUGAUGGCACUGUAUCGGACGCUAUUCAACUUUGUGCUAGUGAAUUUCGCCGAAAUGAACAAGUUGUGGGUUCGAAUGCAACAUCAAGGUCCGUCAAGAGAGCGAGAGAAACGGGAAAAGGACCGUAUGGAGUUGAGGAUACUCGUUGGAACGAAUCUUGUUCGACUGUCACAACUUGA